CAUGGCGAACGAGAUGACAUCUGCACCACCGGACUCGGUGCAAUGCCCCGUUUGUUUUAAAGACUUCGAGUCUGACACAAUUAAUGGACACCUCGACGUAUGUCUGCUGAGCAGCGUUACUGACAGCAGUCCGUCUUCAGCAGCGGAGGACAGCGGACCUCCCGUGAAGAAAUCCCGUAUCAGUGCGGAAGCUGCGCCACGCAGCCCCGGUGUAAACAAACCCGCGGUCAGCUCCUCUUCUACUGCAAGUCCGUCGUCAAGUGCGGUGUUCUCCAUGUUUCAGGCCAACAAGAAUAAACUGUCACUUCAAAGUGAACGGACUGGCUUAUUUUCCGGUAAACAAACUGCCGUCAACAAGGGGAUUAAACGCAGUUUGCUGGACGAGGCGGAACCUGGACAAGCAGUCACAGAGCCUGUGACAGCAACACCUGAUUUAUCCCCACGGACACUGCUGUCCACAAACAAGCCCCUGGCAGAGAUGCUGAGACCAAACACACUGGAAGAAUACUUUGGUCAAAGCAAAGUUGUAGGCGAGCAAACACUACUGCGGUCACUUCUGGACUCCCAGGAAAUCCCCUCCCUCAUCCUCUGGGGACCACCGGGAUGCGGAAAGACCACUCUUGCUCACAUAAUUGCUAGCACCAGUAAAAAGAAGGGAACAGCUCGUUUUGUGACCCUGUCUGCGACCAGCACAUCCACUAAUGAAGUCCGAGAGGUGAUCAAGCAGGCGCAGAAUGAGCUCCGGUUGUGCAAGAGGAAGACCAUCCUGUUCAUUGAUGAAAUUCACCGCUUCAACAAAUCACAACAGGACACUUUCCUUCCACACGUGGAGUGCGGGACAGUAACUCUGAUUGGGGCGACCACAGAGAAUCCUUCCUUCCAGGUUAACGCUGCCCUGCUGAGCAGGUGCAGAGUGCUGGUUCUGGAGAAGCUGUCUGUAGAGGCGAUGGGCUCAAUCCUGGACAGGGCGGUGGCUGCACUGGGGAUCAGAGUACUGGAACAAGAUAAAGCAAAUCUGAAACAUCAAGACCAAACAGAUGGACAAAAGCCAAAGAUUUACAUUGAACAAAAAGCUCUGGACACCAUAGCCCACCUUUGUGACGGUGAUGCAAGAGCAGGACUCAAUGGUCUGCAGCUGGCUGUUCAGGCUCAGGUGAGCUCAGCCCGCCCGUUAGGACAUGAUGGUUCUUCUCAGGAAAUACUGGUGAAGGAGGAGCACAUAAAGGAAGGUCUUCAGAGGUCCCACAUUCUCUACGAUAAAGCUGGUGAAGAGCAUUACAACUGUAUCUCAGCGUUGCAUAAGUCUAUGAGAGGCUCCCAUGAGAAUGCAUCUCUCUAUUGGCUGGGCCGCAUGCUGGAGGGUGGUGAGGAUCCCCUCUAUGUGGCUCGCAGACUUGUCCGGUUUGCCAGCGAGGAUGUGGGUCUGGCAGAUCCUUCAGCUCUUCCUCAGGCUGUGUCUGCCUUCCAGGCCUGUCACUUCAUUGGGAUGCCUGAGUGUGAGGUGAUCUUGGCCCAGUGUGUGGUGUAUCUGGCACGAGCACCCAAGUCUGUGGAUAUUUACAAGGCCUAUGCUAGUGUGAAGGCCUGUUUGAGGAACCACAAAGGGCCCCUGCCUUCUGUCCCUCUUCACCUUCGCAACGCCUCCACUAAGCUGAUGAAGCAACUGGGCUAUGCUAAAGGCUACAAAUACAACCCAGCCUUCUGUGUCCCUGUAGAGCAGAAUUACCUACCUGACGAGCUCCAAGGAAUCAACUUCUUCACCUGGACGCCCUCAGACCCAUGAGGGUCUGCUAUAAUAACAUGAUAUAAAACCAAGGCUGCUGAAUCAAAACUCUUUUGAAAUGACCAGCAGUGAUAUAUGCUUUGAUGUAGCUGCUGUUUCAAAUUCACUCUUAGUUAUGUUCAGAUUAAUCAACUAUUUUAAGUUAGUCCG